AUGGUAUGUUUUGUAAUGGAUUCAUUAAAUGCAAAACUAGUCGAAGUGUUAAAUCUACAAAAGCACUUAGCAGAACCAAACAAAGAAUUGAAUUUAAGUGAUAGAAAUGAAAUAAUCUGUGGAAUACUUAGAGUUUAUAGAAGAGAACAGCUCUUUCAAAGCGACUAUGGCGUAUUCAAAUCACUUGCAUACAACACAUUCAUGGUUAGAGUAGUAUGGGAGGUGGAGAAGAUUGAGACAUGCACAGAAGAAAUAGUUCUGUCUACAGUUAAAAAUGCACUCAAAAAUACGCGGUGUGUUGUGGACAGUAUUAAGAAAAUAGCCAAUAGCAUAUCUAAUGACAUGUAUAGAGAAUCCUACUGUAAUAUGAUGAAUUUCAACUACUUAUCUGCUAUAAUACAAUACGGCGUACUGGGUGACUAUAUACUGAAUGAUCUAAAAAGUUCGCUGUUUUUAUACUCUGUGAGGCCAGAUCUUCCAGAUGCUAAAAACAUGAAAGAGUCUCUUUUUGGAAUGGACGAGCUGAAUGGGUCUACACGGAUAAAGAAAGUAAUGCACAUAUUGAUAAACCACGGCGGAUCACUUGUUAAAUAUAACUGUGAAGGAAAGUUAGAGUCGAAUAUAAAGAAUCUGGAUAUUUCUUAUGACAGUGUUCUAUCUCUCUACAUAUUCUUAAAUGCGGGGUAUGCAGACGUGUAUAUGCCUAUUUCUCUAAUAGAGUCCUCUUUCCUCAUGGAAAAAAUUAACUUCAUGGAUGGCAACUGCAUUCAUCUUGUUCCAACUCUGUUUUUUUUCCUGUACAGAGGGCCGUGGAAUAACACCAGCUAUCCAUACAGUGUUGCUUUUGAGUAUGUAUUGAAUACUAUCCAGUAUAACCGGUAUGUUCUCUCCCAUAACUCAAUCAUUGCCUUUAUUAAAGAAUACUUCCCUGCACUGGGUAUUGAUAUAAAAUUGUACAUUUCAAAGCUGUAUGUGUAUACGGCUUCUCUUAACAUAAAUAUGAACAAUAUUGUUAUAUUCGGAGAAUCAUCAAAGACAGCACCACCAAAAGUACAGGAAGAACACAUUCCACAAAUUAAAGAUUGUAUAUGCUAUCUUAAAAUAGAUGCAUCUAAAGUAGAAAAGUCAAAAAAGAACCAUACUAGUAGCACAGACAAAAUCCUUUCAUUCUUUGUUGUGCUAUUGAUACUUAUUGUUCUCACUCUAGCAAUGAUAUUUAAGGAUGAAUUAGAGAUCUUCAUAUGGUCAAUAAUUAAGCUAUUCAGAGACUAUCAAAAAUAAACCACCA